AAACACAAGUGUAAUAUAGCCUAUUGCAAGAGGAGUGUUUGUGUGUGUGUGUGUGUGUGUGUGUGGACGUGCACGGGACUGUGCUGUUUGUUUUGUUUAUUGGUCGCGUCGGCGCGUGGGGAAUGUAGGAGCUGUCACGGCAGCCUGUGGGAGGAGGAGAAUGGAUGCGUAACAGGACGGAUCGAGCCAGCUGUGGCCUGCUUCUCACAGCAACAUCUGGCCGGUGAGUCGCACUGGCAGCCGCAGCCGCGGCCGCUUGCAGGCGGGCGGGCUCUUCUCCCGUUCAUCGAUGCACGGGAGCGGGGAGGGAGGCUCUGUCCGAGUCGCGGCCGCGCACCUCGCUCUCCGGUCUGGUGUGACCUCGUCCUUGGCCGCCGGAUGGUGGUGGAGUGAUUGAUGUGGCAACGUUUGACUUAUGAGUACAUGAUGAAGGCUCAUCACAGAGAGCUCAGGCUGUAAUAUGGAAGAAAGAAAAAAAAAUAAAUGUCAACGUGACACGCUGGAAAAUGCAUUCAGUGUAUAUAGGGUGAAUGCAAACCUGAAAAUACAUUGUAUAACCUUUAAGGUAGAACUAUUACUACUGUUUUUAUGGAGAAAUGUGCAAUUACAUGCCUCAGUGAAGGGUCACAUCCACACUUGACAGCCUCAUAGCAUAGGAGGUUAAAUAUAUGUUUAUAUAUAAUAUUCAUAUAGGCUAUGUCAAUAUAUAUAUAAGAGAAAGCACAAUAAUCACUGAGUCUCCUUAUGGAUCUCUGCAGAAAUCGAUAUAACAAUCUCAAUGUGAGCAUCCACAGGAGUCUUGUAGGAGCAUUAAAGUGAUAUGGUAAGGUUACUAUGAAUUCAAAACUGGGGUAUUAGUGAGGUUUGAAAAACAGAACAGCACACAGUUUAAGGUCAUAUAGUGAAUCUUUGCAGGGUUAUCGUGGUGAGUAAAACACAAUAUGGCCCCUGUACACUCCCAGUCUGACACACUCGGAAGGUUCCCAGGAGUGUGACAGUUAUUUUUCUGUUUUGUUGUUUCUCCUACUCGUCCAUAUCCUGACCCGCUUGUAGUCCUGCUGCAGGGUCAGAGAGGGCGCCUCUGCAGCCAACCAGCCCAGGACUACAGCGGCGAGGCUGAGGCGAUGGAGGAGGGGGACGCAGAGGGGGAAGGGCCCAUGGCGGUCAGAGAUGGGCAGAGCGACCGCGGCCUCCCGCCGGACGCCAGCUCCACCACCACCACCACCAACCUCCUGGCUUCUGUCAAAGAGCAGGAGUUGCAGUUUGAGCGGCUGACUCGGGAACUGGAGGAGGAGCGGCAGAUCGUGGCGAGCCAGCUUGAGAGGUGCAUGCUGGGGGCAGAGUCGCCAGUGGGAGACAGUAGCAGCUCAUCAGAGAAGUCGUUUGCAUGGAGAUCUGCAGGUGGAGAGUUGCAGGGCGGAGCCAUGGAGGCGUCUGGUCGCCACCUGGAUUCAGAAGAGGGACUCUAUCUGCCUGAACCGGACCGCGCAUCCCUGCAUGACAGUGAGGACUCAGGAGGCCACUCGGCCCAGAUGACCACGUACUCCGACAGCGGCUACCAGGACAGCAGCGUUAGUUACUACAGUAACAAGAACGUGGUGCGCUCGGAGCCCCGGGCCUCGCUGUCAAGAAGCCCCCGAGCGGAGGGCCAAGCCUCUGGGCAGGCGUCCAGCCGAGUGUUGCGGCGGAUGGCCUCUCUCCCCUCCAGGAGCCAGUCUCCUGGCGGUGGCACCGCCGGCACCAUCUCGCCGUCCCGCAUCUCCCUGCGAACAUCCCAGGGCAGCACCUACGCCUCGCCCAUCCUCUCUGAGCCCAAACCUCUGGCCGCCGUGUUCCCAGGCACCACCAUGCCGCCUGCCUGCCCGUCGCCGACCUCCCCGACCGGUGGCACCCAGGCCCUUGUUGGUGGCAGAGGAGGUGUGUUAGGAGGAGGAGGUGGACGCCUGGGCUCCACCCUCUCUCUGGUUGAGGGGAGGGGUUUGACGGGGUCACCGCUGCGUUCGGGGAUGAUGGCCGUGCCGCAGCACUACGGCUCCACGCUGCCCCGACAGAGCCAACCACUGGCCUACGGAGCCGAUCCAUACGGCCUGUACCAGAGGAGCGCACUGCCCCGCCCCGACAGCCUCAUAGGGCUCCACAGCUCAUACGCCGGUCAUGUGGGGCAGAUCGACCCCGAGCUGAGGGCGGCGUUGUCUCCAGACUGCCACAUGACGCCCGUUUUCGAUGAACGCUCCUUCCACAGCCCCCUGUACCACAGCCCCACCCACGACCCCCAGGGCUCCCUCUAUAGGACAAGCACAGGCAUGGGAACACUCCCUCGGACCACAAGCCAUUGCGCCACGCUGCCAUACCAAAGAAGCAGCAGCUACGGGCUGAGCUCUGCGGCUCUGUACGUCGACUCCUACAGGGUCUCCGGCGAGCCCGUCUUCUCCCACCGGCACUCGGGACUGGUGGACCGGGCCACCACACGCACACCGUCCAUCGAGAGCAUACAUAAGGACCCUAGGGAGUUUGCUUGGCGUGACCCCGAGCUGCCGGAGGUCAUCCACAUGCUGCAGCAUCACUUCCCCUCCGUCCAGGCCAAUGCCGCCGCCUACCUGCAGCAUCUGUGUUACGGAGACAACAGGGUCAAGGUGGAGGUCAGUCACCUGGGCGGGAUCCAGCACCUGAUAGACCUGCUCGACCACAAGGUGGCAGAAGUUCAGAAGAGCGCAUGCGGUGCCCUGAGGAACCUGGUGUACGGCAAGGCCACGGAUAACAACAAGGUGGCGCUGAGGAACUGCGGAGGGGUGCCCGCCCUGCUGCGCCUCCUCCGGAAAACAACUGACAACGAAGUCCGCGAGCUGGUCACUGGUGUCCUGUGGAACCUUUCGUCGUGCGACGCGGUGAAGAUGACCAUCAUCCGCGACGCUCUGACCACGCUGAUCAACACGGUCGUCAUCCCCCACUCGGGCUGGAGCAGCGCCUCGCACCACGAGGAACACAAGGUCAAGUUCCAGUCCUCGCUGCUGCUGCGUAACACCACCGGCUGUCUGAGGAACCUGAGCUCAGCAGGGGAGGAGGCGAGGAGUCAGCUGCGUUGCUGUGAAGGUCUGGUCGACUCUCUGCUCCACGUCCUCAGAGCCUGCGUCAACACGUCCGACUACGAUAGCAAGAUCGUGGAGAACAGCAUCUGCACCCUGAGGAACCUGUCGUACCGGCUGGAGGUGGAGAUGCCCUCCUCUCGCCUCCUCAGCAGCCAGGAGCUGGACACCCUCCUGGGCUUCUCCUUUCCCACCAAGGAGCUGGACUACCUCUGCUGGGGCAAGAGGAGGCGCGGCAGGAAGCGGGGAGGCUGGCCCGACGACAAGUGGGACGAUGGGGGGCCGAUCCCAGGUUUCUCCCAGCCUCUGAGAGGAGCGGAGCUGCUGUGGCACCCGAUGGUGGUGAAGCCGUACCUCAACCUGCUGGCCGAAAGCUCCAACCCCGCCACGCUGGAGGGGGCCGCCGGGUCACUGCAAAACCUCUCUGCUGGAAACUGGAAGUUUUCGGCGUACAUCAGAGCGGCGGUGCGCAAGGAGAAAGGUCUGCCCAUCCUGGUGGAGCUGCUGAGGAUGGACAACGACCGGGUCGUGUGCUCGGUCGCCACAGCUCUGCGUAACAUGGCACUGGACAGCCGCAACAAGGAGCUGAUAGGGAAGUACGCCAUGCGGGACCUGGUGAAUCGACUGCCCGGCAGCAAUCCAUCAGUGCUGUCGGACGACACGGUGGCGUCGGUGUGCUGCACGCUGCACGAGGUCACCAGCCGCAACAUGGAGAACGCCAAAGCUUUGGCCAACAGCGGCGGCAUCGAGAAGCUCGUGGACAUCAGCAAAGGACGAGGGAAAGGGUACUCAAUGAAGGUUGUGAAGGCAGCAGCUCAGGUGUUGAACACACUGUGGCAGUACAGGGAGCUGAGGAGCCUCUACAAACAGGAUGGAUGGAACUACACGCACUUCGUCACGCCCGUCUCCACUUUGGAGCGAGAUCGCUACCGCUCACAGCCGACCCUGCCCACCAGCCCGAUGCAGAUGUCCCCUGUCAUCCAAUCAGGUGGUAGUGCGACAUCUUCGCCAGCGAUGCUCGGGAUCAGAGGACACGGUUCAAAUUAUCAGAGGGCGCAGUCAUCUAUGCAACUCAACAGCUAUUAUGGAGACAACAGUUUACACAAACAAGAGUACACAGGGUCUGAGAAGAAAACCCCAUAUUUCAUUGGGACAUAUUCUUCCCAGUCAGGAGAGGAUUUGAGAAGAUCCCAGCAUCCAGAGCCAUUCUACGAUGAACCAGACAGGAAGAACUACAACAGCUACAGAAUGUACCUGUCGUCCCCACAAGGCUUUGGAGAGGAUCAGUACGAUGACGAACCGGUCCACCUGACCCCAUCUUCCCCCGACGGCUACGCCAGCCAGUCCCUCCGGUUCAAAGCCAACACCAACUACGUGGACUUCUACUCCACCACGCGGAGGCCUUCAAACAGGGCCAACAAGUUCACCGGCUCCCCCGACUCCUGGGUGUAAAUACAAAACCGUGUACGUUUCUGUGGGUGUUUGUGUGUUUGUGUGUUGGUGCGUGUGUGUGUGUGUGUGUGUGUGUGUGUGUGUGUCGUGGGGGGGAGGGGGGGGUGCACAUGGGUGCUGUAUGGUUUUGUGAAAGGUGGAGGAUGCAUUUGAAUGUGUACGUACAUCUGUGUUGCAACUGUACUGAAUGACUAGGGCUGUGUUUGCCAUGUGCAGCUUUUGACUAAGUUACAACAUGUACUCAAUAAUGCAGAUGAAUUUGAACCAUUUCUUUAUAUUAUUUUUUUCAACACACGAAAAAAACAUAAAAAACAGAUAUUGGUGGUUUAAAUAAAAUGAUUUAUUGUGAGCAAGUGAAAUGAAAUACAAACAAGUGUUUGGCUUAACUAAGGGAGGGUAAAGAGGAUGGGUGGAUGCUGUUUAAAUAAAAAAAAAGAAGUAAAACGAAAAGAGAAUAGAGUUUAAGUCUAAUCUAAAUGAGUGAAAUCAAAAACUAAUUUACUACCCUAUUUUCGAGUUUCUAAAAGUUAGAGUGCACAAAUCAGCAAUAAAAACUAAGCUGGUCCAAAUCCCCUGGUUUUUAUUUGAACAAAAUCGCCUAUAUUCUUAAUUCCAAAUUUUCGAUAUUCGAAACAGAGCGCUGCUGCUCACUAGUUUUCUCUACAAACAAGCGUUGUCUUGAAUGAUGACCACAAUUCUGAGUAUGCUAAACAGGAUGUGCCGGAGCUCACGCGGAAUUGGACGCAGCUCCGGAAGUUCCUGUGGCCCUGGUUAGAGAGCCGCGCCAGGUUUUUUUUGUUUUAUUGUACAAAGUUCAAAUACAAACAAUUAAGGCACCUUUUCUAUUCUAAAAAACGACUUCUGUGUUUAUACAGUAUAUAAUAAACAGAAAAUAAACAAACAGACAGAACAGACAGCUGCGCCAGGUGCCGUUCCGAACAGCGCCACAGGAACUUCCGGAUCUGCGUCCAAUCCCGCGUGAGCACCGGCACAUCCUGUUUAGCAUACUCAGAACUGCAGUCAUUAAUACAGAAUGGAGAGGGGCGGGGCCGAGGCCGAAACAUCGACGAAUUAGAAGGUUAAAGAUCUAAAGUAAAUUGCCUUUAACUUUUGCAACAUCUUCAAACGUGUUUAUAUUGUUGUGACAUUGUGUGGAAAAGGUUGGAGGGGAAAAAAAAAUUGAAAGAAUAAAAAAUCCAGGUAGGACAUUUUUCAACUUUAUCUGCAUUAAUUUGGACACUGUUUUUUUUCAUUUCUCCCAUUCUAAAUGAACGGCGCAGUGAUGGGCGUAUUCAAAGGAUGCUUUUUUGAAGAAAAAAAAAACUCAGCCCUAGCUAUGUUGUUUACCAGAGAGUUUGUUAAACGUCAACAGAUUACAUUUUUUUCUGCAGUAAAAGUGUGCAGUGCGUUGGCUUUAUAACAUGAAUAUUGUUCUGCCAGCAUCAUGUUGAAUGCAGGAUCCUGUAAAAAAAAAAUAAGAAAACAAAGGGGCCACACUUGGGCCAGGUGAUAUUUACCAAAAAUUCUUGGCAUUAAAUAGGAGGAAAGUCACUCCCCCCCAAAAAACACAUUUAACUAUUAUUUGACCAAGGUUUGGAGGAGAGAAACUUGAUAUGUAUCCUCACUCUGGGGAACUUCUAAGGACUCAGAGAACCAGGGUUACUGUACAUCUGUACGCCCUUUGCUUGUCGGCCAAAAGUGCAGUAUAUCUGUAUGUGAAAUAUGUGACAAGAACGUGUGAAAAAUCUAUUUGUACAGACACAAUGGUUAAACCGUCCUGUUGCAUUGUCGUAUUCAAUAUGUAGAACUUUAUGUGAUUGUGUGGAGAAGAUUUUUUCUAUUAUUUAUGGAUUCUUUUUUUAUUCAUUUUACUCGUGACCUGACCAAAAUGCCCCCAUCUGUCUUGUUCUGUCCAAACUGAAGAUGAUGAAGAUGAUGUUGAUGAUGAAGAUGAUGAUAAUGUGCAAUGUUACAGAGGGAAAUGUAUGUAUAGGGAUUAAAGAUUAUAUCAUGACGAAAACUGAA